UUUUCUUUUAUCAUCUUUCUCAAUCCACUGAACCAUCCCAGCUAAGAAAAUGAAAAAAAAUCCAGGAAAUUAUUGCUAAAUUCAUGCGGGAACAUCACGCCUCAGUUGUCUUCAGGAACUUUGUAGAUUGUUUCUAGCAUCCUUGUUUUCCCAUUUCCUCACCACUCCUUAUUAAAGGGAGGAACAAAAUUUUAGGAGUUUCAAAGCAAAUAUGGCCUACUGUGCUGUUACUUUCCUCUUACAUCGCCUGUCGCGGCUGAUUGAUGAAGAACCACAUUUCUUUCGUGGGGUGGAGGUUCAGGCAGAAUCAAUCCGCAUCGAGCUCUCUUGGGUGAUGCACAAAUGCGUCGAGUACUUUGACAAGGAACGGGACGAGCAUGAUAGAGUGGAGCAGUAUCUCAGGCAAAUCAGAGACAUUGUUUUCGAUGUUGAGGAUGCUAUCGACAUGCUGAUUCUCAAAGGUGCGACAGCGAAACGGAGGCAGAUGGAAGCAAAAGUGCUCGAUGAUGUUGUAAAGAAGAUAAAAGGCAUCAAAGUAGGGAUCGAAGAAAUAGCCACAAAUAUAGAAAAGUUCGGUAUCGAAGGAGGUGCAGCAACUGCAAGUCAUGUAGAUCCAACGGCGGAGGAGACACGUCAGAGGCGAAAGAGAGACGUCGAGGAAGAUGACGUGGUGGGCUUCGUUAAACACUUUGCUGCAUUGGCUGGCUGGCUUACUAAGGGGAUCCCAAACCUUGGUGUGAUUCCAAUCGUGGGCAUGAGUGGGAUAGGCAAGACCACAAUUGCCAGGAAAUUGUUUAAUAGUGACUGCAUCAAGACACAUUUUAACUGCCAUGUAUGGGUGCCAGUAUCUCGAUCUUCAACAGCCGAAGAAGUGUUGCUUAAUAUUUUAGAAGAGAUGCCAAUAACCCUUGAGUUGGGAAGGACACUCGACAAGAUCUCAAAGGAAUUACUUGAGAAGCUGUCUACAUACUUGCUAGAGAAGAGGUAUCUUGUAGUCCUGGACGGCAUCCCGAGUCUUCAACUGUGGGAGGAUGUAAGAUCUGCUUUUCCUGAUAACUUUAACGGAAGCAGACUAUUAAUCACAACCAGGACAGUCAAUAUGAGUCCACCUGCAAGGUUUGCUUGUAGUUACUCUCUCCCAUUGCUUAAUAGAGAUCAAAGCUGGGAGCUAUUCCAUAAGAAGGUGUUCCGAGGAGGAGAAUGUCCUCCCGUGUUGGAAACUCUUGGGAAACAAACGAUAGAAUAUUGUCAUGGCUUACCCUUAAUAAUUGUGGCAUUAGGGAGCUGUUUAGCAAACACAGAGAAGACAUACGAAGCAUGGUCGAAAGUGAUUGAUGAAAUAAAUUUGUCUCUUAGGCGGGAUUUCGCAUGGAAAAAAAUUUUAAAAUUGAUCUAUUCCCACCUGCCCCUGCACCUGAAGCCAUGCCUUUCGCAUUUAAAAAAAUACGAAGAAGGCCUUGAAAUCCCCGUGGAAUUUCUAAUUCAAGAAUGGAUCAGUCUGGGAUUCAUAGAGCAGAGUGGAGAAAGAAACACGGUGGAUGUUGCUAGAGACUACUUCAAGGAGCUCGUAGAUCGAAGCUUGAUCCAAGUGGUCAGUAGGAGGUCAGAUGGAGAAGCAACGACAUGGAGUAUUCAUGAUCUUGUGCGACAACUAUGCGUAUCCACACACGCCAUUGGAAGGGCUAAAGCUAGUAAAGAAGAAAACAAAGGUAAGGCUAUUAUAGCUUCGGCUAAAUAUCUGCGCACACCACUGAAUAGGGGUACCGUCAAGAUGGCGAGUAUUCGGAGUGAAGUCGUCACAUUACUAAAGCAGCUUAUUGAAGGGAAUUCAAAACUCGACGUGAUUUCAAUCACAGGUAUGGGUGGGUUGGGGAAGUCCACUCUAGCCAGAGAGAUCUAUAAUAAUGAUGCAAUCAAGAGUCGCUUUAAUUGUCGAGUAUGGAUGAGUGUAUCUCAAAAUCUCCGAACCAGGGAGUUGUUGCUUCUAAUUCUGAAGUGUCAGAUUCCAAAAUCAGAUGACUUGAUAAGGAGCCUCGAAGACAUGAGUAGGGAUGAAUUAAAGAAGAAGCUGUUGGAAUACUUGCGAGGGAAGAGGUACCUAAUAGUCAUGGAUGACGUUUGGAUAACUGAAAUCUGGGAUGAGAUAAGAUCUGCUUUUCCUGAUGACUUCAAUGGAAGUAGGAUAUUAAUCACUAGCCGCUUACAAGAAGUUGCUUCACAUACAAGUCUUAAUCCCCCCUACUCUCUUCCAUUCAUUACCGAAGAUGAAAGCUGGAACCUCUUUCGUGAGAUGGUAUUCCCACGAGGAUAUCCUGAAGAAUUCCUAGCUGAUCUUGGGAGACAACUAGCACAAGGUUGUCUUGGCAUACCACUUUCAAUUGUGGUACUUGGUGGCGUUUUAGCAAACAAAGGGAAGACUCAUCGAAUAUGGUCAAAAGUGACUGCCGAUGUAAAUUGGUGCCAGGCUCAGGCUACAACAUUACGCGAUGACAUUCUGAACCUAAGCUACACCCACCUGCCGCGAAACUUGAAACCGUGCUUUUUUUAUUUAGGUGCGUACCCGAAAGACUUUGAAAUCCCUGCAAGCCAACUGAUCCAAUUAUGGAUAGCAGAGGGACUCAUAAAUUGCGGUAGCAAUGAAGACAUUGAGGACGUUGCUGAAAACUACUUGAAGGAGCUCAUUGCCCGAAACUUGAUCCAAGUGGUUGAGAGGAGGUCGGAUGGAGGUGCAAAGACAUGUCAUGUCCAUGACCUUGUGCGAGACCUCUGCAUAUCCAAGGGUGCGGAAGAGAAGUUUUUUGACGUAUCUGAAAAUGUCAAUCUUUCAUCGUGGAAAAAAUCUCGGAGGCUUUCCAUCCAGGGUAGCACUCUUGAUCUAUACAUGUCUUCAAACACCCCCAGCCCCUCAAUUGCUCGUUCUUUGUUGUUCUUCGGCGAAGAUACAUAUGGUGGCUUUGAUCCAAACCACUGGAAAUGGGUCGAAGAAAACUUCAACUUGCUUCGGGUGCUUAACUUUGGGAAUCUAAAUGUCUACUCCAUUCCCACGUGGAUAAAACGAUUGAUCCAUUUGAGGUACUUACGUGUGCAGUCAGAUGCACUGAAAGUUAUUCCCGCUUCCAUUGGCAACCUUACGAACAUAGAAACGCUUGAUCUUAGAGGUACUUUUUUGAAUAGUUUGCCAAUCGGGAUAUGGAAGCUGCGAAAUUUAAGGAAUCUCUAUAUGUCUGGGCCAGUGAGUUUACCGAACCAGUCGGACACAGAAAUUAAAGCUCUUUCAAAUCUCCAAGUCCUCUCCACCGUAUCACUUGACACACAAACUGUUCGUCCCAUUGUCGAGGCUAAGCUCCCUAAUGUAAGGAAAUUAGGAAUAUGGUUUGCAUCAAACGAGAGCAACAGCGAAGCAGGAGAUGCUUUGGCCAGCCUCCAACAUUUACACCGCCUUCAAAAAUUGAAAAUUAUAAACUGUUCAGAGAUUCUUAGUCUGCCGAAUGCAUUUCCGAAGACAAUCACAAAAAUAACCUUGCGACAAGUGUGCUUAGGAGACGGUGACUGCAUGAAAGUGCUGGGAAAUCUCGUCAAUCUUCAGAUUCUGAAAUUACAAAGCUGCUUUUCCAGUCAGCUCUGCAUCAUUGGAGAGUCGUUUCCUGCA